CGCGGCUCCGCCUCCGCCUCGGUCGCUUCGCCGCGCUUCACUCAAGGGGGGGCCCUUGCGGAGCGCGAUGCUGCCGCACGUCUUCGUGCUCUCGUCCAAGGGGGACCGGCUGCUUUACAAGGACUUCCGCGGCGAGGGCGGCUCGGAUCUGGUGGACGCCUUCUACCGCAAAAUCACGGCGCUGCCGGCGGACCAGGCCCCGGUCUUCAUGCCUGCGCGCCCGGGGCUCCACUUCGUCCACGUGCGGCAUGCCGGGCUCUACUUCGUGGCCACGGCGCUGCCGGGCACCUCCCCGUUCGCCGCCGUCGAAUUCCUCAACAGGCUGGUGACGCUGCUGCGGGAUUACUGUGGCGCCUUGAACGAGAAGACCGUCAGCCUGAACUUCGCUCUCAUUUACGAAGUGCUGGACGAGCUGCUGGAUUAUGGCUACAUCCAGACCACGGCCCCUGAUGUGCUGAAGAAUUUCAUCCAGAUGGAGCCUGUGCUGAGCCAACACUUCAGCCUCCUCGACCUCAGUACCGUGGGCUUGUUUGGAGCAGACACACAGCAAAGCAAAGUAGCCCCCAGUUGUGCUGCUGCCCGUCCUGUCCUGCCCAUGCGUGGGGAGCAGGGCUCCCGGCCAGAAGUUUUCCUGGAUGUGGUGGAACGCCUCACAGUCAUCAUUGCAGCCAAUGGCACUCCCAUGAAAACAGAUAUCCAAGGAGAAAUUCGGCUGAAGAGCUUCUUUCCUAACUGCUCUGAGAUGCGGAUUGGCCUUGCCGAGGAGUUUUGUGUGGGCAAGAUGGAGCUGCGGGGCUACGGCACAGCAGUCCGUGUGGACGAAUGCUCCUUCCACAGUUCCAUCAGGCUGGAUGAAUUUGAGCGCAGCCGCAUCCUUCGAGUGAACCCAAGCCACGGGGAGCUGACCCUGAUGCAGUACCAGCUGGCGGAUGACCUCCCCACCACCCUCCCCUUCCAUCUCUUCCCCACCAUCAACCACGACCCCAGUGGCCGGGUGCAAGUGUAUUUCAAGCUUCGCUGUGACCUUUCACCCAAGAGCCACGCGGUGAACGUCCACGUCCACCUCCCCGUUCCUAAGGCUACUCUCAGCUUCUCUCAGGAGCUGAGCAGCCCGGAACAGACGGCCACCUUGCAGCCCACCACCAAAUCCAUCGAGUGGGUGGUGCCUCGAGUGCAGGGCGGCUCCCAGCUCUCCGCCCUGUUUAAGCUGGACGUGCCUGGGCUCAGCCGGGCAAGGCUGCUGGAGCUGGGCCCCGUCAACCUCUCCUUUGAGGUGCCAGCUCACACGUGCUCCGGGCUGCAGAUUCGCUUCCUCCGCUUCAUGGGGCCGCAGCCGACUCUUCCUCACCGCUGGGUGCGGUACGUGACCCACAGCGACUCCUACGUCAUCCGCCUCAGUGCAGGGUAGACCCACCCCCUCCCUGGGAUGAUCGAGAGCGUGUGCUUCCCCAGACAGCACCAGCUGUUUCAAUAUGCACCUUUAUUUCAUAAUAACCAGCAUUAAUGAACAGCCAAACAAAGGACGUCUACAGAACCUAAUAAACAGUGUAACAGAAAA